AUGAAGUCACUGCUAGUCAUAGUUCUGCUUCUUUCUGUUGCCUUCGCUGAUCCUCAGAAAAGUAGGCUUGUCAGUUAAUUUUUGGCAAUACCACCCUCGUAGACAUAUAUAGAGUACCAAUGAACGCGAAGUUCGAAUAUGUCAUAAGAGUCGAUGCCUCAAGUUCGGUACGUCGAGCAAAUAUUCCAUGCACCUCUGAAGUCAAUUAUGGACGUCCGCUAGUGCUUACGUUUGUGUUACAGUUCAGCAAGUCAGACUCGGGAUUUGUUGAGAAAACGGCGGAAGAACCCUGCAGACCACAUAAAAUGUGUGUACAAUUUUUACCACGUGAGUGUGCUUAUAAGGAUCAGCAUUCAGUAGGUGUUUUUUUAAAUAUUUGGGCAAAGUUAUUGGAAAUAUCGACUUUGACGUUUCUCUUCGAUUUAAUUUCAGUGGGGCAUUUUGAUAGACAAAUCAGUUCUCAAAUGUUCCAUUUUUAGCAUUAAAAAGAGUGCUUUGUAUAUCGCGUAACACUGAGUUCGCCCACAUCUUUCCUUAAAUCCUUACUGACUUUGCCUGAUUAGAUUGACUGCAGUUUGCGGAGCACUCAAUCAUUUGAGCGUGUUUGGUUUGGUUAAUUUAAGUGCAGUAGCAACUUGAAUGCUCGUUACGCAACGUUUUACCCACUCACGAUGGUUUUUGUCUUGAUAGGAAGACGCAGUCUUCAAAUAUAUGGAGACCCUAAGAGUGGCAACGCAAGGAUUCUCGUCAUUCCCGAAGAUGCCGGACUGUUAAACGUCAUAGUAGCUAUAGUGGGAAGUGCCGGAUACUAUCCAUGUGCAUAUUUUUUGUAGUCGUUUUGUAUUGCCUACGUCACCAAAAUGCGUGCGCUUAACCUUUAAUUCACUCUUAUGCAUGCAUUGUCAUUGCUUGCAGUUGGAACUCUGUCUGUUGCUCAUUCUUAUUAUGCAUAUUUAAUUGGCAGGGCCGUUUAGUUCCGUAUUUACUGAAGCAUUUUAUGCUGAAAGCGAUUAUAUGGACACGCUUACACUGGUGUUUGACAAAGACAUAAAGGUAACCAAACUCUAGCUUGCACCGUGCUACAGGUUUUGUUAAAAUUGCCCUUAACAGAUUGCGUAUUUAUGUGUAUUUGAGAAACUUAAUGGUUGCACGAAAUCUACUUUACAUUUUGAAGGACAUACUGCUUAAAGAGUUCAUUUCAAAGUACCCAAAGAAUACAGCUCUUGCUGGCGCAGAGCUGUUUGUGCCAUAUGGUCAGUUGGAAAUUAAUGCUGACCAACUGAGAGAUGAGAAAGCGAGCAUGGAAUUCAAUCGGUAUUUAAACGUUUCAGAGCAAAUCAAUGGUCAGAACUAUCAACUCAUGCGGAUAACCGGUAAAAUGGUGGAGACCAAUCUAUCUCUCACAUUAAAAAGCCCUGAUGGAAUUGAAACUACCUACAUUCUACAGCCAAUCGGCAACAUGCAGAUGCAGCGCAAUACAACACGGUUUAUCAGAUGGCAGAAAAAAUGCUGACGAGCGUGAAAUGUUGAAACAAACAAAGUACACUUUAGGAGCCCGUUUUCCAUUUUCGUAG